AUGCAUCAGAAGAAUGCAGCCGCGGCCGCAUCUCGCGAUGAGAAUGGCGAGGGGGAAAAGGACGACAAAGCGGAAUCUGGCGAGGGCGAAAGGCUGACGAAUCCAUUCGCGGACGACGAGGACGAUGAGGAGAACUCGAGCGACGAGGACGAUGGCGGCCGCCAAGGCCCGGGUGCGGCUGGAGUAAUGUCGGGUGCAUGGGGCCAAUCUGACCAAGCAUCUUGGUGGCGUGGCGGGGGACAGCAGGGCCAGAGCGCAGAGUUUGACGGGCAGGACGACUCGGACGCAGACGAGGAAGACGAGGAGUUUGGCGAUUUUGCGAUGCCCGAGGUGGAACCGGCGCCAGGAACGGAUCCCAACGACAAGAGCAUCUUGAGGCCCCUUGCCGUGUACCCGUCACCGGGAGGGGCCGGGGGCAAAGCCUUCGGCGGCCUGUGGCCGUUCGCGGGCAAGAAAGAUGGCAAGGACGACAAGCCUGACGCAGACAAUGGGUCUACAGACGACGCAGCUACGGGAGACGAUGAGAAGCCGGUCCAGGCGGCCAUCGAGGCUGCCCGCCGGACGAGCAUUGAGGAUCCCGAUGAUGAGGAGGAGGUGGUGGUGCAGAAACCGUCGGGCCUGUGA